CCGGCGGCUCAGUUGGCAACACCGAAUUAAAAAAAAAAGUCAAAAAAUGUCGGAAUGUGGUUGUGCUUCGUCUUGUAAUUUUUCUUAAUUUCGUUAGUUUAAUGUCUAAUUAUUGCUUACUUUACCAGCAAUAAACUAGCAUAAUUAGUUUAAUUAUUCUUGGUUGUUUGUGUUGGUGAGGGUGACAGACAAAUGGAUGAAAUGUGGUAGAAGUGGAUCGAACUGAAGCUCCUUAAUCCUUGCCGGAACACACCACAUUCGAGUUUAAUCUUUGAUUAAGUGCGGGGCAUCUAACACGGAGACAUUACAUUAAUAGCGUUGCACAAAUUUUGCACAAGUCGUGGAUGAAAUUUGUUGUAUACUAAAUAAUACGUAUCGGGAGCCGUCUUUUUCAUUCAAUUGGGUCACUGGUGAAUCAAAAACUUGUAAAUUAUCGGAUAACGCCAGCCCACAAGAUGGCCGACUGUUAUUCGUAAGAUAAUGAGCGGUGCGUCUGGUUCAUCAGGGAGUGGUACGGGACGCGGCAGAGGAGGGACUGGCUCUAACGGGGCCACAGCAGACAGCAAACCGGAUACAAAAGAAAAUAAACCAAAUCCUAAGAUGUCGAAGGCACUAGGCACGUCAGCCAAGCGGAUCCAGAAGGAACUUGCAGAGAUUACACUAGACCCCCCGCCGAACUGCAGUGCGGGGCCUAAAGGAGAUAACUUGUAUGAAUGGGUGUCCACCAUCUUGGGACCGCCCGGCUCAGUUUACGAAGGUGGCGUUUUCUUUUUGGACAUACACUUCUCUCCAGAAUACCCAUUCAAGCCACCUAAGGUGACAUUCCGCACUAGGAUAUAUCAUUGUAACAUCAAUAGCCAGGGAGUGAUAUGUCUAGAUAUUCUCAAAGACAACUGGUCGCCGGCGCUGACAAUAUCGAAAGUUUUACUAUCAAUAUGCUCCUUGCUUACUGACUGUAAUCCAGCGGAUCCUCUAGUGGGCAGCAUCGCGACGCAGUAUCUGCAGAACAGAGAGGAGCACGACCGCAUCGCGCGCCUGUGGACCAAGCGCUACGCGACAUGAUUGCGCUGCCCCCGCGCCGCCGCACGGAACAACCUGCACUAUCAUACUCAAUACCAUUCUGUUCUAAAUCCAUCCUGUUCACGUAAAUGUAAGCUUAUAACGUUAUAUCCGAUCAGUACGCGCUGCUCGCGACACAUUUGUUCGCUCGCUCACUCCGCGAACAAAUGUGCCACCUCCGGCGACCGAUGUUUAUACAGCUUAUUAAUUUUUAGUUGCAAUUAAUGUGAUGUCAAAAUGCUUAAUGACGGUCUGAAUUAUAUAAUUUUAUUUAGAAUGAUGAACGAUUUAUUUGUGAUUUGAAUGAUUUUCUGUUAAUGUUUCUAGCUCUGUGUUAUACAAAAUACAGUGAUAAGUUUACUAAUGAAAGUGUAUCGUAGGUUUAACCAGUGAUUUGAGUCAAUUUUGCCGCUAUAACGCGAUGAUCUCAUACACUCUUCAACUGUUACUACUUAUGUGUAAGUAUGUCGGGACUAUUGCGAUACCUACCUACUAUUAUAUUUGGGAAUAAAUCGCAUAUUGUCUUGUAAAAAUGUUUUUAAUUUCAGGGUAAUACUUGCAUGUCUCAUUGGAUCUAGUAUAUUUUGAAAGACAAUAUUUUAAACUGCUGUCAGUGCUCACCAUUUAGAUUUUGGUCAAUAUAUUAGGGAAAAAACAAUAACACAAUAUAAACAAAUUACAUAAAACACGAAAAUAAUCCGACCUGUUUAAAAUAUUAGCGCUAUGCGUUAAAAUGAAACAGCAGUUUUUCACUAUAUGUAUAACUUUCAUACACACGCUACGGCCGCCAAUAAUGUCUUCAAAUUGAUUACUGAAUGGUUGUAAUUUCUCAUGUAAUUCGUAUAGUAUUCGUGUAGUACUUAUAUUUCUCGGAUAGUAUGUGACACAACUGGCAGCAUUGACAAGUACAAACUUUAUGGUUUAAAAAUUUCAUGAAUUGCAAACCAAUCCAUUAUCGACUUCAAUGCUUUGUAAUUAUAGUUAAGGAAAUCUUAUUUCAAGAUGACGAGGCAAAUCAGUUGCUUAUUUUCUAGUGAGAUGUCACAUGUUGACUGAGGUGACGAAAAGAAAAAAUAGUUUUGUGAAUGUUUAUGUGAUGGCUAGUGUCGAAGGGUCAAGUUGUAGAUCAGCCGGUACUUCGGAGUACUACGUAUUAUAUUUAUUAAUCGAAUCUAGUUUGGUUUUAAUAUUAUUAUUCGCGAAGGCCGAAUUAACGUCAUAAAAGCCUUAUUUGACUGAAAAAGAAAGUUACAUUAGAUAGGUUUUUCAACUUGGUCCAUUUUGUUAAGGAUAUGAUAGUCAAAUUAUUUGGAAUUUUUGUGACUUCGUAACAAAAGGAUUUUUGGGGACGUAUUGUUUGUUUGUUUUUAAUUGUGCAAUCUAAUGCGGUGUUAUAUACAAAAUCUUGAGUUAUAUUUUUACAUUAUGUAUCACUAUAGUAAACGACUUUAACAAGGAUUGUGUAGGAUAGGUCUGGGAAAUAAUUAAUAACCUAUUUAUUUUUAUAAUAUGAACUUAUGAAAGCAUAUUGCGCACUGUGUUAUAUCUUUUCAUUAUAAUUGUUUGAAGUAAAGUGAUUCGACAAUAUGUAUUAUGCGGUGUCGUCAUGGAAGCAGCCGACUGUGGAUUUGAUAGUAUGUUUUACUUGUUAUCACAUAUCAAUGUAACACCUGGACGAAGAAAUGACAUUUAGAUUUAUUUGUUACAAUGAUUUUGACUACGUUUUACCAUUAUCUUCAUGAAGUGCCAAAACUCGGGCACAUUGGCCUCCGCUCCAGUCUGACAUCUCCAACUUUUCUAAAAUAUUCCGUUUAGUAUGUAAACAGUAUUAGAUGUAAGUUAUUUUAUUGUCUAGAUAAUGUAUAAUGUAUGUCUUAACCCUAGUACUAGAAUUUUAGCGUUGUAAUGAUUUUAGCUAAAGGAGUACGUAUGUCGCGCGUAUAUGAAUGUUUUGGUGAUACCGUCGUGAAAAUGAAGAUUUUAUAAAAUGGGUGAUAUCGCGAGUGUCGGAACUGGUGCUGUGAGAUUCAGAUGCUUGCGACAUACUAAUGAAUACUGAUAACUGUAUUCGGGACUGGUAUAUUUUGUCAUUGUGAUUUUUUAAUUAUUUUAUACUGUGACUAGAAAUGUGUUGCUUGCAAGACAACAGCUGUAUUUAACGCGACUGAUGUUCCUCGAAAUUCAACGUUCAUGCUCUGAUACCUAAUAACCAUCCUUUGUUAUUACGAUUUAUAUCAUGGUAUAAAAUAGGAAAAUAAAAAUGUGUGUAACUAGGACACUGAA